CACGCUCAAAAACGAAAAAUAGAGAGGUCCCGGAUGUCCCUCAUCACUAAAUUUCUAUAUUCCUUAGAAAUACCUCAGAAAUUACUCAGACAACCUGAACAUACCAGAGCGUCAACUCAACGACAUGCUUGCUUUCUCAGACCAAAGUACGUAUUGUCGAUGCGUGCAAAAUGAAUUGCUCGUGGGGACAGAAGAUAGCUCAUGGUUACGAAGUCGUUUCACGUGACUCUGCGUGGUGAUGCGUGUGAUUCAAGGCCAGCCAAAGAAAAAGAAGACCGCGGUUCUCGCAGCAAGCAAGAUGAAAUCCUUGAGCUCGAAGCUUAGACGUCACAAGGCCUUCGUUCUGCUGACGGUCGAUUGCGCCAGCGCACCCAACGAGGACGUGCUGGUCGUUUCAACAGCAUAUACCCGUGCUCAUAUGCGUUAUGCUUCCGUCGUCAUCAGUUCUUUCCUGUGAAACGAAGAAGCGUUUUUCAGCCCCAUGUCGCUCUCUUCGUUAUCGGGACAGACGAUACGAUGGUGACGACGUUUGCAGCCACACAUGCGUCACUCGGAAAAGCAGGAUUUCGUAAUGGACCGCCAUGCCACACACACACACGCACAAAAAAAAAAAAGAAAGACUAGCACACUUUACAAGACUACCAUCGAAUCACAGAACCGGCUUCGGUCUCUAGGAGGAUCUCUAAAGUCGUGCUGGACAAGAAGCGACGCUCAGGCGCUGCCGUGCUUCGGCCAGAACUGGGCGUCAUAUAGUCUGCCAACUUCUGCUCGCGACGGCCGCACGUUCACCAUCUCGUCGUCCCCAGCUGCCGUGGCGAGCCGCCUAUCAUCUUCAGGGUUCCGCCGCUGCUUCCUUCGCCGCGUUGCGGACUGUCUCACGGCCAAGGCUACUUAAGGGGGCUUGGGUGGCCGGGAUCGACUUUUCGCUUUCUGGAGUACGAGACGGCCGAGCCCGUCAUGAGGGUCCUCGUCGCGGUGGCGCUUCUGCUGGCCGCGGAAGCUGUGGCAGGGUUCGAGAACGGAAAGGAAUACGUGUACAACUAUGAAGGAAAGAUUCAAACGAUAAACUUGGAUCAGCCACUACAAUCCAACGGACUCGCCUUCCGUAGUAAGAUAGCCUUGCAGCCUAAAGGUGAUCUUACAUUAUUCAAGGUCUCGGACUUCGUGGUCGACUUGUUCCACGGUGAAACGAUCAACCUCAAGACGCACACCUUCAACUUUCAACCCCACGAACAGCUGACCAACUACCUAGAAAGGCCCUUCGCUGCUGCAUUCAAGGAAGGCCGGGUCCAGCACGCUGAACUGGGUAAGGAUGAGCCUCUCUGGUCUCACAACAUCAAGAAAGCCAUCAUUAGCCUGUUCCAGCUGGAUCUGUCCAAACGAAGCCAGAUCAACCCACUAGGCAACGAGUUCGUCGUGACCGAGGAUGGUCUUCACGGUCAAUGUCAGACGACCUACGUCGUGUCGGAAGAAGACGAAGGCCUGGAGGUGACAAAGAUAAAGGACCUAGAAAAGUGCAACCACCAGGCCUACCACUUUACGGGAACGCUCAAAGGACGACCGUGCACCAGCUGCAAGUCACAGAGAUGGUUGCCUCUCACGAUGACGUCAGAGGUGAAGUACCGCUUGAAGGGCACGAGAGAACGUUACGUCAUCGGCUGCGCGUGCGGAAGUUCUGACCAAGUGCUCGCACCCUACGGAGACGGCAAAAAGUUCCACGUGCAAGUCAACAACACGGCAACACUUGUGGAGGAACGAGACAGUGCCGCGGAGAUUUCGCUACCCGAGGUCGAAAGCCACCAGCGACUGUCGCACUCUUUUCCCAAGGCGGAAGACGCCGUCACGGGUCUCGAACUGCAAGCACCGAACCACUACGUGCGCGAGUUCGGACUGAGCGGAAGCAAAGAAACAUUCAUCGAGGGUCUGAAGAGGCUGGCAGCCAUCGAGUACAGCGAAGAGGACUACAAGAACAUGCGUGACAAGCCGAGUGGCGGCAUGCUCUUCCUGCAGCUAUUCUCAAACAUGCUGACCUUGACAUACGACGAGAUAUCGGAAAUCUACAACCAGCACAUUCUCAACGCGCCCAAUGGAGCGAAGAAGUACAUCAGGGGCGCCUUCCUUGACCUUCUGGUGGCCGCUGGCAACAACCCGCACAUUUCCUUCGCUCUCAAGCUCAUCAAUGCUGGUCAACUUAGCACGGAUGAAGCCGACCGCUUGUUGCUCAAGUUUCCCAACAAUCUCAAGGAGUUCAGUGUGGCUGUCGUCAGUGAGCUGGCCAACCUGUGCCACUCCGAGUUUGUGAGUGCCAGCGAGUCGCUGCGAUCCACUUGUGUCCUGGCUGUAAGUGCGCUGGCAGGUGGUGCUAGGUGCAACCGGGCCACGAAUCUGCUCGAGGCUGACUCUGGGCUCUGCUCGCCGCACAUUGUCGAGCUUUUCUUCAACUAUUCACUGAUGCCGGAGGAUGUCAAGGCCAAGUCCGAGCAGCGAAUCAUCUACUACAUUAACGCGGCGGGAAACCUGGCCACAUCGAGCGCUGUUCGCUACCUGCAGAGGUUCGCCGAUCCACGCCACAACCAGUCGGUCACGCGCCGGUCGGCUGCCCUGUGGGCCCUGACGCGAACAGCGGCUCUGAACCCGAGUCUGGUGCGUUCAAUCGUGCUACCCAUCUACGAGAACACGAGCGAGCCUCACGUAGUUCGAGCCGCAGCGUUCAUCAACAUCAUCUUCAGCAACCCGGACCUGUACAUACUUCGCCACAUCGCGCGAAGUCUGAUCGACGACCCCAGCGACAACCUCGUCUCCUUCGUGAGCAGCAGCUUCCGGGCCAUCGCCAACUCGAAGUUCCCCUGCGUUCAGGACCUCGUGGAGAAACUGCGCCACGUGCUUCCGCUGUGGGCCAACGUGCGAAGGCUCUCCAAGCCAGUGGACAUCACGAAUUCCGUUACGUACGCCAGUAGUGGAUACAGCCGCGAGUACGACAUCGGCAGCCUGAGCGUACUGUCCGUCUUACGCUCCGAGGACAGCUUCCUGCCGCAGAGCAUCUACGCCGCCACCCAGGCGUACGCAGCUGGCAACGUGUACGAGGUCUUCGCACUGAGCUUCGAGCAGUGGGGUCUGGACAGGCUUGUGAACGCUCUGUUGGGCCCGCGUCCGGGCUCCACCAAGACCCUGUGGAACGUGCUCAGCAGGCCCCGCUUCACUCGGAGCACCUCGGAGACGAACCGCAAGCACAUUGAGCAGGCGCUUCCCAUCGCCGACCGCGAAUACGAGCCAAUGAACGCACGGCUCAACGUUCAACUCUUUGGUCACACUGUGAAGCUGAUGCAAUUCGACGAAUCAACUCUCGCGGCGUUCCAAUCUAACGAGCCUCCGGCGGCUGCACUGGCUCACGUGCUGGGAGAGAACGUACACUCGAAGGACUUCCACCUCGUCGAAGAUCUCAUAGUACUCGUGCCCACUGAAGUUGGCUUCCCAACAUACUUUGACAUCAAGACGGCCGACUUCACCUACGGGAACCGAGCCAAGUUUGACUUUGAGCACACCGAGGACGGCAAGUUUGUGGUGGACUUCAAAAAGCACUUUGUGCACGAGACCCGCUCGUACAAGAUGCUCGGCAUCGCACUCACCUUCAACCGGACGUCGCUGGGUUCGGGCUACGACUCGCGCCAGCUGUUCUCGUUACCCCUGGAGCUGCAGUUGACCUUGGACCCGGUGAACCACAAGCUGAAUGUGAAGCGACCCGUGUCACCGCCCGUCGACUUGUUCAGCUACCACUUUGUGCCGUUCACAUUCCAGCUUCCGUACGAUCGAAGCACCAUUGAGGAGCCCAAGGCGCUACCCGGAUAUCCUCUUUACAACAACGAAGAUCUCUACUUGUUCGACAGGACAUACCUGAACGGCUCGCUGGGAGUGUCCGUAAACUUCCAGGGAUACGCGCUCAAGAAAGACCUCAAUGCAAACCUACGAGAGUUCUUUCACGGCAUGGAUCUCCGCGAGAAGAUUGAGUACCUGGUCGUGAACCCACGCUGGAGUCCGCGAGCUUUCCGCAUGCAAGUCCUUCCCGCCGAGCACGACCCCCUGAGCGUGGUAGAGCUGGACCUGUCUCAUCACUUCUACAAGCCAGAAGACACAGAGAGGCAGACGCAGUUCGGCCUGGAAGACCUGCCCGCCGCAGGCUCGGAGCGUCCGUAUACACAUGCGGUGCUGGGACGCCUGGCCUUUAGGGGCGGCCAGAGGGAGAGGAAACUAUCGUGGGAGCUUAGAUACUCGUUCAGCAAGGACCUGUUCCGUCACAAGCUGCUGUUCCACUACGACAGACAGCCGUUCUCACCGUCCGAGCAUAGCCACACUAAGAUAUGCCUCGAAGCUUCCGCCAAGUUCCCGAGGCCAGAUCACACGAAGCUCGGUGAAAUUGCUGCUUUCCACCAAGGAAAAGAGAUACAGGCAUUCAUGAAGCUCUACUACGGCAGCAACUGCGUCGACGACUCGUCGAUUUAUUUCAACGGCAAGUACACGCACACUGACGAAGACGCCAAGGACAUACAAGCCAAUGCAGCUGGCGCUCCACUUGCUUCAAAGCGACUCAGCAGUUUGCGAGAACUGUACGCGAAGUGUUUAAAAGACAAAGAGCACGGGAUUCCGCUGAGUCAUCACUGCGUCUACUAUCUGUACCGCAGCAGCCGUCUUGGAAAACUCGUCCUUGAUGUGCAGUACAAGAAUCCGAAGCCACUGCUUCCGACUUUGCUGCGACAAUACCUAGCGUACUCCAGGCCUCACAAGGCUAAACCCGGUUUCCUAAGCAUCAUCUUCUCGCACAUGACCGGGCCGUCUGGCGAGCUGCACGUCGAGUCCCAGGUGCCGGCUUCGGCUAAGAAACCGCACGCGGACGUAGUGGUCACCGACCAGAGCGGCCACUCACGCCACUACGACCACGUUCCCAUAAGGACACACCUGCUGGAGCCGCGAGUAUUCAUCGCCUUCCGGUACAGCAACCUGGCCGAGUACUCUCCUUACUACAGGCACCGGUACUGCGACGUUCAGGGCCAAAGCGCAAGGGCUUUCAACGGCGUCAUUGUUGACUUGCCCAAGACUGACUGCUACAAGGUGGUCGCCCGAGACUGCUCCGUGAACAGGAGGUUCGUCGUCUUGGCAAGGGCUCUGUCAAAUUCUGCAUUCUCGAAGGCUCUGAAGGUGUUCAUACACAACACCGAAAUCGAGCUUCUGCCCGCGGGAGACGGUCACCAGGUCGUGGUGAAAGUCGACGGGGCUGCGGUGGCUGUCACCGACGACAAGGCCUACGCACACACACUCGAAGGCGCCGAACUCUUCACCGUCUCCAAGACCCACGGCAUGUACGAGAUACUUUCCAAGUCGUACGGCCUCGACGUCUUCCUCAGCAGCCAAGUCCUCUUCGUUCAGGUCGCUCCUUUCUACCGAGGCAAGCUGUGCGGAUUGUGCGGUGACUACAACUACGACCGGCAGCAUGAACUCGUGGGCUCGAAUCUUCAUCGCUACAAGGACACCCUUAGCUUCGCGAAGAGCUACGUGGUCCCCUCAGGAGACUGCACUCCGCCCUGAACUUUUCCCGUUGAGCUUAAAGGUCACCGGUCAGACACAAGCUGAGGAACUUUUAAAGAAGCUUGAUUCGCGUGUGACAGCUCUUCCACGACAGACUUAAAAAUUCAAGAGCAUUAGCUAUGCAACUUCGUCGUGUUGUCAGUGUUUCACACUAAGUCAAGAAAUGAAGGACUAUGCAAUCAUUCCCUGUUACCGUUUGUCAGUUAGUCGCGGAAGAUGUCACAGCUGCCUUAGAUGUCUCGGUACAAGCAGUCCGUGCGAACUCAGAUAUCACUGCCAGAGAUGUCUCGCCUUAGGAAAGGCUCAAGACCAACCCUUGCCAUGUCGCGAUAACGCUAUUGCACUCGUAAAGAAGCAUGACAAAGUAUUGGUUAAAUAUUGGUAGUGUGUCUGGUUGAGUGAUAUGGAUUAGCGCAGGAUUGGAAAGAUCAGAGAUAGGCUGAGGGAUGAGCAUUAUGACCCUGAGAAUUCCAAAAACAACCAGGGCAAACAACAUCUUUAUUUUUUUGGUUCCCUGUGUUCUACGACAAACAGAAAUCCGGUUAGCAUGCGGGGAAAUCAUGCGGACUUCAUAUACCUUUUCAUAUCAGACUGAUGACUUGGAGGAAAGCGCACGUAUACCUAGCCUUGUAAUGAACGCGAAAUGAUCCUUGAGGUUGCUACUGUAGGCUAGUUAAAGCAUGCAAGGUUGUCCUUGACUUGAGCAAAAGAUAUUCGCACGGUCCAUAUCUAUACAGAGAAGUAGAAUGCUCUCUACAUGAUGCCAGUCAGAGAACAAGGAGUGUGAAGUGAAUGAAUAAAGAGUGAUCCUAAAAAGCA